GGAAGCGGCUUGGGCGCGCAGAGCGGCCGCGGCUCCCCGGCACCUGCGGCCAUGGAUGAGGAGCGCGCCCUCUACAUCGUCCGGGCCGGCGAGGCGGGGGCUAUCGAGCGGGUCCUGAGGGAUUACAGCGACAAGCAUAGGGCUACUUUCAAAUUUGAAUCAACAGAUGAAGAUAAAAGAAAGAAACUUUGUGAAGGCAUAUUUAAAGUUCUUGUAAAGGACAUCCCAACAACGUGUCAAGUGUCCUGCCUGGAAGUUCUCCGCAUUCUCUCCAGAGACAAAAAGAUUUUAGUUCCUGUAACAACCAAGGAAAAUAUGCAGAUACUGCUGCGACUAGCCAAGCUAAAUGAGUCGGAUGAUUCUUUGGAGAAGGUGUCAGAGUUCCCAGUUAUUGUGGAGUCGUUAAAAUGUCUCUGUAACAUAGUGUUCAACAGUCAGAUGGCACAGCAGCUCAGCCUGGAACUUAACCUUGCUGCAAAGCUCUGUAACCUUUUGAGAAAGUGCAAGGACCGAAAGUUUAUCAAUGACAUUAAGUGCUUUGACUUGCGCUUGCUCUUCCUCCUGUCACUUUUGCACACUGACAUCAGGUCACAAUUGCGCUAUGAGCUCCAGGGACUACCGCUGCUAACCCAGAUCUUGGAAAGUGCCUUUAGCAUCAAGUGGACCGAUGAGUAUGAAUCGGCCAUAGACCAUAAUGGACCUCCUCUCUCACCUCAGGAGACAGACUGUGCCAUUGAGGCCCUCAAAGCUCUCUUCAAUGUGACAGUAGACAGUUGGAAGGUGCAUAAAGAGAGUGAUUCUCAUCAGUUCCGUGUCAUGGCAGCUGUCCUUCGCCAUUGUUUACUAAUCGUAGGUCCAACUGAAGACAAAACAGAAGAGCUGCACAGCAAUGCAGUCAACCUUUUAAGCAAUGUUCCGGUCUCUUGUUUGGAUGUUCUUAUUUGUCCAUUAACCCAUGAAGAAACAGCCCAAGAGGCAACAACUGUAGAUGAACUGCCCAGUGAUAAAACAGCUGAGAAAGAAACAGUUUUGGAAAACAAUACCAUGGCAUACAAUGGUAUGAAUAUGGAGGCCAUUCAUGUUUUACUCAAUUUUAUGGAAAAGAGAAUAGACAAGGGAAGCAGCUAUAGAGAGGGUCUAACUCCAGUUCUCAGCUUAUUAACUGAAUGUUCCCGAGCUCAUCGAAACAUCAGAAAAUUUCUCAAAGAUCAGGUUUUACCACCAUUGAGGGAUGUGACAAAUCGACCUGAAGUUGGUUCAACUGUGAGAAAUAAGCUGGUGCGCCUCAUGACACAUGUUGACCUUGGAGUCAAGCAAAUUGCUGCUGAAUUCCUUUUUGUCCUUUGCAAAGAGAGAGUGGAUAGCCUGCUGAAAUACACUGGCUAUGGGAAUGCUGCAGGACUGUUGGCGGCCAGGGGCCUCUUGGCUGGAGGAAGAGGAGAUAAUUGGUACUCAGAGGACGAGGACACAGAUACUGAAGAAUACAAAAAUGCAAAACCAAACAUUAAUCUUAUCACUGGUCAUUUAGAGGAACCAAUGCCAAACCCCAUAGAUGAAAUGACAGAAGAACAAAAAGAAUAUGAAGCCAUGAAACUUGUCAGCAUGCUUGAUAAACUUUCCAGGAGAGCAGAUGUGAAGGACCUGCGUCAGGAUGGUGGUUAGCAACAGUGGCCCGUGCCAAAGCACUUACCAAAGUGAUGACUAAGACCCUGUCAUUAAUUCCAUGUGUCAAUACUGCCCUGUAGUACACAGAGCAGACAAGAAAGAAGAGCCCUUGAAAACAAGGGAAUGAUUUUUGAGUCGUUAUCAAGCUAAGUGGCAAGCGGGAAGCUGAAACUCGUAUAGGUAAAUUCGAAGGGACUCUUGGGAGAUCUGCAAGUGGGAAACAAGAAUGCAUUUUACCAACUGCUUAAUUAUGUCCUGUUUUUCAACAAGUACACUUGAAUUGAAUGCUUUGUUUGUAUUGCACAAAAAAAUGUGCUGCAGGCAAGAGUAUUCUCUUGCUUUUAGGUCAAGUAAGGUGUUUUAUACACAUACACAUCUGGCCUGUUUGAUAAUGUGCAAUUGGGUGUGUUAGUAUCUGAGCCCCAAUAUUGCACUCUCAUUUCUAAAGGGAAGGAGUCGCAGAGGAACCAGAAGCCCUAAAAAACGGGACCUUCUCUAAGGUUCUAAGAAGUUAUAUAAGCCCAGGCAUCCCAGAGUACCAUGCUUACAGUGAAAUGGUGGCUCAGGAAAAUACUGAAAUAUAUCUGGAAAAAAAAACAGAAAAUUAUAAAUAUGGUAUUAGGCUUAUGAUCUCCCAGCCCUAGAUCUUUAAGAAAAUAUUUUUGGUUUAUAUUAGCAGUCCCAAGGGUUACACUGGGGCACAAAUAGGGUUUUCUUCCUUGGUCGUGCUUUAUCUGUGUCCUCUUGCCUGGCCAAGCCCUUAUAGAUUAUGGUUCCUUAUCGUUUAGUAAGAUCAAAUUUCUAAAUGAUGUUUCGUUCCAGUUGAACAUUCUUGGAGGCUUAUCUCUUCCCUGGCCAGAUGCCUGAUCAGAUGAGAAGCCCGCCAUGAUACUGUCACAGUGCCUAGAAUGGGCUCUUUAUCCAGUAGACAUCACUGUACUUUUUGAUGAUAACGAGGGCAGUCUUAACAUGUGUUAAGGCCUGUGUAUAGCAUUGAAGGUAAGUAUGAAGGAGUUGUUGCUCUGUGAAUAUCUUAAUCCUGAUGCACAUUUCAGUAUACAGUAUCUCCGUUUUACUCUGAUACACAUAUGUAUGACACCUACCCAUCCUAUUUAAAUGGGGACCUUCAUAAUUUAGGACCAGUGACUCUUCAUGAAAUGGCCUGUUUAUUGAGGGCCAUGAUUGAAUUUGAAUUCUUCCUUGUAACAUUUGCCAUUGCUCUGAUUUACCUUUGAAUCAUUUUAAUCAUCUGCCGGUAGUUUUGCAGAAAGGGUUUGUAAUCUUGGUGUACAUCAGUGACAAUUAGGUAGGAUGCUGUGUUUGACUCUUAGGCUUAGAAUGUCUUGAACAAUGGCUUAGCAGUAAUGAGUUUUAGUGUCUUAAAAGCUUAGCAGCUUUUUAAAUGGAUCAAAAUGAUUUAGUAGCCUAAUACUUAGACUCUUAGAAUUAGAAUAGAAUCUUGGGGGUCAUCUUGUCCAACCCCCUCCUUUUAUAGAUGAGAAGACUCAAGCUCAGAGAGGCAAAUGACUUGCCCAAGGGCACCCAGCAAGUUAUUGGAAGAUCUGAGAAUAGAAUCUAUAUCUCCUGAUGCCGCAUAUAUAAUAAGCUCAGUCUAUCCCAGUUAGUAUUUGGGAAUUCUAGGCUGUGUGGUAAAAAGGGGGCCUUCUUUCUGCCAGAAUGUCUGUGACAUGGAUUCAUCAGGGAAAUAGUUACAGUUAAAAUAACAGAAUGAUUCUUGACAAAUUGUUCCCAACCAUUCUACAUUUAUGUCGUGGCCCACGUACUGUAUUUAUUGAAUACCUACUGUGUGCCCCAUCCUUACUAUACUGGCAGAUCAUAGCCAGAUAAGACAUGGACUCUGCCCUCAAGCUGCUCCUGUCUAGUACAGAACUAGAAAUCCCUGGGAAGCAUUAUGCAGAAUUUCCUAUGGAAUGCUAAUAUCUUUCCUAACUUUAUAAAUCUUGAAGAUGAAAGUGAAUCCGUUACCCAAAGAUUUAGCUUUUCUCUUGUUCAUGGUUUGGUUAUUAGGAGUCCCGUAAGACACCAUACCCUUCCUCUCGUGAAAGUUCAAGAUGAUAUCAAGUGCAAGUAAAUUUAGUUCACAAAUACUUUUUGAGGAUCUGCUGUCUGCAAGGCACUGUGCUAGAAACAUAGGGAUAAAAAAAUUGAAUGAUUAAAGCGUAGACAAUAUUUUGUUUUUAAAUAUGUCAGAGCAGUAUUUUUUCAUAGCUUUCAAACCUUGUAGUGAGAAUUAUUUUUAAUAAAUAUUCUUAAAUGUGGGGCCUUUGAAAUAGAAGACAAAAUACCUCUGUAUUCAAAUCCAGACUUGUCAGCCGAGCUUUCAGAGUCUCCAUUCAGAUCCUCUUCUAUACCCGAUAUCUCUUUUGAGCUUUCUUUUUCCUUUAUCUCAGCCAAGCCAGCCUGGUUGCCAGUCCCUGCACACAACUAACUCUUGCUUCUGUGCCUCUGCUUAACUAAUUCUUCUGCUUCUGGGAUGCCUUUCUCCCCGUAACCCAUGUCUAUCCCUGUCAUUUCAAUCUGGCCCUGAGUCCAUCUCCUGCAAGGAGCCUGUGAUCAGCAUCUCCGUGUCCUUCUGUGUCCCUCCCACAUGUUCAUGGCCCAUACGACUGGUGGAUUAACGUUUCUGUGGUAUUCAUUAGAUCUUCCCAUUCCCUGUCCACAUCUUGCUGAUCUAGAUACAACAGCUUUUAUUCAGUGAAACAGUCCAGUGUAAGCAGGUGAUUUGCCAGUCCUUUCAGGGGUGAAUCUCUGUAUCAAAGAUUUCAUUUUGGUAUUUGUGGCUGUCAGUUGUAGGAUGAGGAAGAGCACCAGAAAAGUUUGGAUGGGGGCAUGAGAGGUAAGCCUGGGGUCCAAAAGAAAAAAAAGUCACACAUCUAUAAGUAGAUCAUCCUUCCACUUCCAAACAGGACAGGAAAUCUCCUUUAAACAAAUUCCAAAUGCAAAAAUGGUGUUAUCAGUGAACAGUCAAGAUAGGGAAAGCAGGGCUCUGCCUGUUAAUCAACUCAAGCUUGUUGAUCUGCUGUUCUGUAAUUCUUUUAAUAUUGUUCAGUGUGUGUGUGUUUUAUCUUCUGAACUGACUAAAAGCUUCUUGAGGACAGGGACCAUGUCUUUUGUUUGCUUCUGCAUAUUCUUCCUCCACUUACUCCCAAAGAGUGUCCU